GACUCUGAAGAUUUCAGCACUGGUUGGGGAAUUCAAUUCCGCUUUGGUAUUAUUCCGGUUUCCGGUAUUCGGUAUCAUCACUUAUUUAUCAGUUGUCUCUCUUUCGAGAUACCGAGAUUUGUAAACCUUACACGAUUGUUCUUGAAAGUUGAAACCGCGCGGUGUGGUAGGGUGUGGUGUCGGAGUGAUAAAAUUACACAUAAUUUUCAAGUCAUUGAUUAGUACAAACGAUUAUACGAAUUUUAAUUUGGUUCGAUGUAUCAUUUUCUCGUAAUGUGCAACUUCAUGCAGUUCUAGCGCACAAAUUUGAGUACAAUCACUGGCAUCAAUUUGACCAACGAAGUUUGGACUUAUGGGUACCAUACCUAGCGAAAUGGAUGCUCCAGCAAUCGGAAUAGACUUGGGCACAACGUAUUCUUGUGUUGGAGUGUUCCAGUACGGAAAAGUCGAAAUUAUCGCCAACGAUCAAGGUAAUAGAACAACACCCAGUUAUGUCGCAUUUUCUAAAGGAGAAAUUUUGAUCGGAGAUGUCGCAAAAAAUCAAGCAACGAGGAAUGUGAAUAAUACUAUUUAUGAUGUUAAAAGAUUGAUGGGUCGAGAAUUUGACGACGAUACAGUUCAGUCCGAUAUGCAGCGUUGGCCUUUUCAGGUUGUCGAUGAUGACAAUAGACCAAAAAUAGAAGUUGAAGUCGAAGGUACUUCCAAAACGUAUUUUCCUGAGGAAAUAUCCUCAAUGGUUUUGAGAAAAAUGAAAGAUACCGCCGAAGCUUACCUAGGUAAAACGGUGAAAAAUGCUGUUAUCACCGUGCCAGCUUAUUUUAACGAUUCUCAAAGAUGUGCUACCAUGGAUGCUGCUAAAUACGCCGGGUUGAAAGUAUUACGUAUCAUUAACGAACCCACUGCUGCCGCCAUCGCUUACGGUUUAGAUAAAAAAGAUUCCAACGCGCAUGAUGUAUUGAUAUUUGAUCUUGGUGGAGGUACAUUCGAUGUAACUAUUUUAACUAUCCAAGACGGCAUAUUCGAAGUUAUUUCAACCGCCGGUGAUACUCACUUAGGGGGCGAAGAUUUUGACAGCAAAAUGGUCGAUCAUUUCGUACAAGAAUUCCAACGUGAACACAAAAAAGACCUCACUCAGAACAAGGAAGCCGUACGUCGUUUACUCAAUGCCUGUGAAAGGGCAAAAAGAACGCUAUCAACGACGACUGUAGCCAACAUAGAAAUCGAUUCUCUGUACCAUGGUAUAGAUUUCUACGCGUCGAUCAGUCGUGCUCGAUUUGAAGAAUUAACCGCAGACUUCUUUCAAAGAGCAAUGACACUUGUUCAGAAAGCGAUUAAAGAUGCUGAAUUCAACAAAUCAAAAAUUCAUCAGGUCGUUUUAGUAGGUGGCUCUAGCCGCAUACCGAAAAUUCAAAAAAUGUUGCAAGAUUUCUUCGAUGGAAAAGAAUUGAAUAAAUCGGUGAACCCUGACGAAGCGGUAGCCUAUGGAGCUGCCGUACAAGCUGCCAUAUUGAAUGGUGAUAAAUCGAAGAUUGUGCAAGAUGUGGUGUUACUCGACAUUAUACCGUUAUCAUUAGGUGUAAGCUGUGGGCAAGGGCACCGUGAAAUGCAAACGAUAAUUAAAUGUAACACUCCUCUUCCAGCAAAAGGAAGUCAUACUUUUUGCACAAGGGAUGAUAAUCAAACCGGAAUGUCGAUCGAAGUUUACGAAGGCGAAUAUGAUACUCCGGAGCAUAAUCAUUUUCUUGGCAAAUUUCGUCUUAGUGGUAUCCCUCCUGCUCCUAAAGGCGUACAAAGCGCCACUAUCACUUUCGAAAUCGAUGCUAAUGGUAUUUUGACAGUUACCUCCGUUGUUGAAUCGAAUGGUUGCUCGAAUCAACUUACUAUUACACAUGAUAGAGCUCGUCUCAGUAAAGAAGAAAUUGAGCGUAUAAUCAAAGACGCUGAAAAAUUACACAGCGGAGAAGAAAAACGAAAAGCUGCUUUAGCCGCCAAGAACUCUUUAGAAUUGUACUGUAUCAGCGUGAAGAGUACGGUGGAAGAUGGCAAGUUGAAAGAUAAGAUCAGUAAAUCAGAUAAAGAUAUGAUUUUGAAAAAAUCCGAAGAAACUAUUGUCUGGUUGAGUUCUACUCAUUCAAGUGAUCCUAAGCUCUACAAACGCAAGCAAGUAGAAUUACAAAACAUAUUUGAUGCGAUGAUAUCAAUAGCUACCAACCCUAGCGAAGAGAACGACACGUACUGGAAAAUACUGAACGUGGAAAAACAUGCCUCCCGAGAUGAGAUCGAAAAUGCGUGCAGGAUCGUUAGUCGCAAGUAUCAUCCCGAUAAAUACGAAGGAGACAAAGAAAUUGCAACCAUGUAUUGGCAUACCAUUAUGAAAGCAAAAAAUGUGCUCAUCAAUCUAAUAAAACGUAAAUUUGGUCACAACACCUGAUCGUGUAAUAAUAGGUUACACAAUAUCAGAAAAUCAACAUUUUGAUUAUACCUGCUCAACAUUUUUUCUGUCUCAACGCCGUGCGCCUGUGUCCAUUUUGAUGGUGAAUGCCAAAUGCCUAAGCCUGAGCAGUUCCAAAAACUCGUGCAUUUUAAUUUCUUCAGAUUUCAAUGAUCAACGUCGUCAAUGAUUUCGAUUACGUCGCAUAUUCUGAGUUUUUUGUUUGGGGCUUGGUAAAAGUUAAUAAAAACCAGUCGGUAGGUAUUUGUAAUAGGUAAUAGGUAUUUAAUUUAGUUUUUCAAGUGUGAUUUUUCUAUGUCUAUGCAUUUUAUUCAAGGUUAUUCCCAUCUUUGUGUUUCUAAUUUUUAUUUUUAUUUUUAUUUUUUAAGUAUGUUCUCGUUAUGAAUGUGAAUUGUGCUGUACUAUAUAAGUUAUUACUUUGUAUCAAGGUGCGCAGAGGUGCGUUCACAGCUGGGAACUGAAUCCUAUCAUAGUCCUGAAAUAUAGGUUUUGAAAAUUUA